GGCACCGGCAGCCCCGGCCGGGCGGCACGGCCAGGGGGCUGGGGCGCGGAGCCCUGCGGAGCCCUGCGCAGCGCUGCGGAGCCGAGAGGGCUCCGGCCGCCCCCCGAGCCCCCCGCCGGGGCAGCCGGUGUUGGAGGCUCGUUCUCCAGUGGCUGCACGCUGACACGAUGGCGCCGCGGYUCUCGGGGAUGGGGCCCUUCUCCCUCCUUAGCCUUGGAUUCCUGCUSCUGGUUUUGGCUCUCCCUGCUGAUGCUGGGCUCUCUCAGAAGCACGUCUCAGACGUGGUGGAUGACAGCAAGGACAACAUCACCAUCUUCACACGCAUCCUGGACCGGCUCCUGGACGGAUACGACAACCGCCUGCGCCCGGGGCUGGGAGACAGUGUAACCGAAGUCAAGACAGACAUUUACGUGACGAGUUUCGGCCCUGUCUCGGACACAGACAUGGAAUACACCAUYGACGUCUUUUUCCGGCAGUCCUGGAGGGAUGAAAGGCUCAAGUUUGACGGUCCCAUGAAGAUCCUGCCCCUGAACAACCUGCUGGCCAGUAAGAUCUGGACCCCUGACACCUUCUUCCACAACGGCAAGAAGUCUGUUGCCCACAACAUGACGACCCCCAACAAGCUGCUGCGCCUGGUGGACAAUGGCACCCUGCUCUACACCAUGAGGCUGACCAUCCACGCCGAGUGCCCCAUGCACCUGGAGGACUUCCCGAUGGACGUGCACGCCUGCCCCCUGAAAUUCGGGAGCUAUGCCUACACAAAGACAGAGGUGAUCUACACCUGGACCCUGGGCAAGGAUAAAUCCGUGGAGGUAGCCAAGGGUGGAUCUCGCCURAACCAGUACGACCUGCUGGGCCACGUUGUUGGGACAGAGAUGGUUCGAUCCAGCACAGGCGAGUACGUCGUCAUGACCACGCACUUCCACCUCAAGAGGAAGAUCGGGUACUUUGUGAUCCAGACCUACCUGCCCUGCAUCAUGACUGUCAUCCUGUCCCAGGUGUCCUUCUGGCUCAACAGGGAGUCUGUCCCUGCCCGCACGGUGUUUGGUGUCACCACGGUGCUYACCAUGACCACACUAAGCAUCAGCGCCAGAAACUCCUUACCCAAAGUGGCGUACGCGACGGCCAUGGACUGGUUCAUAGCCGUCUGUUAUGCCUUUGUGUUUUCUGCGCUGAUCGAGUUCGCCACCGUCAACUACUUCACCAAGCGCAGCUGGGCCUGGGAUGGCAAGAAGGUGCUGGAGGCCCAGGAGAUGAAGAAAAAAGAGCCGGUGGCRCUGGCGAAGAAAACCAACAACACCUACAACAUCGUGGGCACCACGUACGCGCUGAACAUCGCCAAGGAGCCCGGCCUGCCCACCAUCUCCAAGAGCGCUGCUGCCACUGCCACCGCCACCAGCGUGCCCCCCAAGGUGCCCCGGCUGGAGGAGAAGCUCCCCGAGAGCAAGAAAACCUACAACAGCGUCAGCAAGGUAGACAAGAUGUCCCGCAUCGUCUUCCCAGUGCUCUUUGCCAUUUUCAACUUGGUCUACUGGGCCACCUAUGUGAACCGGGAGUCAGCUAUCAAGGGAAUGAUCCCCAAACAAUAAAACCGGUCACACAAACCUUCCAUCAGUGAGCGUCAUCCCAGCAGGAAUUCUCCAGGGCUUUCUUCUUUCUUUGUUUUGUUUAAUUAUUAUUGUUCAUUUGAUAUUAUUAUUAUUAUUAUUAUUAUUAUUAUUACUAUUAGGUCACUCUUUUAUAAUGUAAACGAAACUGUGAUUUUAAUUUAAUCCCAUAUACUUCAGUUUCAUUUAUUUUGAUGAUGAAAGUUAAAAAAAAAAAAAAAAGGGAUCAUAACAAGUUGUGCCUCUUAACAUCUUAAGUCUGUUGUCACCAUGUGCUGCCAUCUCUGCCACCUCCUGUGGUCCCCAUGGUCUUCAUGCCUGUGCCAUUUCAUGCUGUGCCCAGGGGCUGCUGCCCUGGGGCUCCUCCUCCUCCUCUGUGAUGGACUGCCCUAGCAUGGGGAUGCUCCUGGACCUCCAGGGUGUGUCAGUCACUAGCCAGGCUCCUCUUCAGUGCCUGGCACUUCAUUCUGGGCCGUACACCUGGGCUGUGAGUGCAGGUGAGCUGCUCACCUGUGGGGACAAGGGAGCAGUGUGGCAUGGGCCAGCUCACGGCCCAGCACCUGCUGGGGCAAACCCUCCACUGCAKGGGGAUCAGGGUGGCAGCGUGGUGUAGGUGUUGCAGGUCUUACUCCUCUCUGUCCUCAGGAAAGCCAGCUGGUUCCCUCCCUCCAGGCAGGAAUAG